UUGGAUCCCUGGGCUCCAUGCACACGAGGCAUGCCCUGCCCACCGGUAACCAGCCCGAUGACCUCAUGAGGUCUAGUGCGGGAGGAGGAGGAGCCGUCGCCGGGACCGACCAACUAGUUCAUCAGUGAUUUCAUGUGGAGAUAAACGUUGGGGAAAAACUUUCUGGACUUGGAUAUCCAUGACAUUUCUACGGGAGGAACCGGCGCGUCUCCAGUAAACACACCAUGUUCAAGGCGGUGCUGAAGAAGAACCGAGACGGGGGGAAGGGCAGCAAGAAGGAACCAGCAGGGGAUGUCCACAGCCACGGUGCCCAGAGGAGAGGCCCGUCUGACGGGUUCCCUCAGCCGCAGGAGGGGGGCGCUGGCCUCCCUUACCUGCAGGAGGAUGUGUUCAGGCUGAGCCUGGCCAAGGGAGUUUCCAUGUCCCUGCCCUCCUCGCCUCUCCUGCCAAGACAGACCUACAUGAUGCCCCUGCGUGCCGCCAGCAAGAGAUCCCCAGGACCAAUCAGAAAGCCUAAGUAUGUGGAGAGUCCACGCGUUCCCUCCGAUGCCCUCGUCUCUGCGCUGAAGAAGGUGGCGGACCGCAAGGAAUCCACUCACAAUGAGCUGCAAGCGGACAAGCAGCCAAGCUCCUCCUCCUCUCCUGCUUCCCAGGAGCUGAUGACACGACUGGGCUUCCUACUGGGAGAAGGACUCCCCGGCUCGGCGCGCAUACCUAUGGACGACAAGAAUGAGAAGAAGGUAUUUCCAUUCCCAGACCCCCCCCCCCCCCCCCCUUACUCCUCCCUUCUUAUUCCACUCCCUCCCCCCUCCCCCUUUCCCCCCAGCCCUGCCACACCCUCCCCUCUCCCCACUCCCCCUUUUCCCCACCCCGAGCACGCUGCUGGAGUAGCCCCCGAUGUGACGCCCGGCUCCGCGGGACAGGGCUGA